UGAGUGAAAAUAUGGCGGACCUGCGGCGGCUUUGUUAUGUUUACUCUCUCUCUCUCUCUCUUUGUGAAUAAAAACAUAAUCAUGAAAACUGCCAUUAGCAUGACAUAGAAGCAGAGUUUUAUCUAGUUUUAUAAAAAUUUUACACGAAAAAUGUUGAGGCUUGUUGUUAGAUUUUAUACUAGUCGAUUUUCAAUCUAGUGAUUGCAUAGUUGAUAUUUCGCUCGAGUUUGGAUUGUUCAUUACUAAAGUUAGCGAUGAAGAACUUCAAGCGCAGAUCAGACGAUAGUAAGACCUCGUACAGAGACUAUUUCAUGCUCAAUUAUGUGAUAGUGGCUUCCAUGUUUUCUAUUUUGUUGUUUUUGUACGGGUUCUUUCCAUUAUCGUACAACGACCACAGCAUAGCUACCAGAAAAGAUAUCCCAAAAUUUAUUGAACGCACAAGGGUAAAAAUGGACGAAGUAUACAAACCAGUAGUUAAAAAAGUUAUAAUAAUGGUGAUAGAUGCCAUGAGAUGGGAUUUUAUUUCUGGGCCAAAUAGUGCAGAAUACAUGCCUAUGACACAUGAUCUUUUGAAACGUAAGGAGGGAUGUCUGUACAAGACCAAAGUGAAUCCUCCAACAGUCACAAUGCCGAGAAUUAAAGCAAAAACAACAGGAUCAGUACCAAAUUUUAUAGAGGUAGUGCUCAAUUUAGGAGCAACUGAGAUACUGGGUGAUAGUAUUUUAAGGCAAACUAAGUAUCAAGGGCACAAAAUAAUUUUUUACGGUGAUGAUACGUGGCUGAAACUCUUUCCAGACAUAUUCGAUCGAUAUGAAGGCACAAGUUCAUUUUAUGUAUCUGAUUAUACUGAGGUAGACUUUAAUGUGACUAGAAAUGUAGCAAUAGAACUUCAUAAAAAAGACUGGUCAAUAAUGGUUUUACACUACCUGGGCCUUGACCAUAUUGGUCAUAUAGCUGGUCCCUUUAGUCCUUUAAUUAAGCCGAAACUGCAGGAAAUGGAUAACGUAAUUGGUAACAUAGAGUUUUAUGUUUCCGAAUGGAACAAAAAUCGUGAAGAAACUGUAUUCAUAGUAUGUGGUGACCACGGAAUGAAAGAUUCUGGAGGUCAUGGAGGAGCAACUUUAGAAGAAACUCUUGUGCCUCUAAUGGUGUUUGGUAAAUCUUGCAGUAACAAGAAAAACCCAAAUGACCACAUCUCUCAGAUUGACAUAGCUCCAACUCUAUCAGUACUUUUGGGAACUCCAAUACCUUCCACAAGCUUAGGAACCAUUGUCUUAGACUUGAUGACGGAUUUGUCCUUAUCACAGAAACUUUUUGCAUUGUAUUACAAUGCUGAACAGUUGUUUCUCAAAUAUCAGAAGUUUAGUGAUUAUCAGUAUACCGGUACUUAUAAAAAUUAUCAAAACGCUAUCAAACUACACGCGGCCUGGUUAAAUACCAAUAGUCAACCAAAUGACAUGGUGGACGAUAUCAUUAUAAUGUAUCAAUCCGCCAUAAUGGAUAUGAAAAAAAGGCUUACUAGCAAUUUAUUAGAGUAUGAUGUUCAAGUUCUGACAUUGGCCAUAAUAUUUAUGGGCCAAAUUUUGUACAUAUCCACGUCCACGGAAAAAUCAACUCCAAUAUCGUAUAAACAAUUUCUUACAAUUUUUGUAGCGAGCUAUAUGAUGUGGAUGUUUAUGAAUCAGAUAUUUGAUUCUGGAACCACAACGGUAUUAUUCUCUCAGAGGCUAGAUUUACACUUUCUAUUUGUUACCAUUCCAAUUUUUGGAAUACUAGCAUUAAAUUGUUAUUUAUGUGCAACUCGCGCCAUAGCUAGUGAUAAGACGCGGGAUUGGCCAGAUUUACAAUGCUUGUUGAUGAUUGGUACUCUUUCUCACACAAUUAGCCUAGCAAGUAGUAGCUUUGUUGAGGAAGAGCAUCAAACGUGGUAUUAUUAUUGGAUAACACUAGUCACGUUUUUCGCUUUCUAUCAUUUUAGAAAAAAUAUCAAUGCGAAACAGAAAUCUUUCAAACUUUUGGCUAAACUAAUGCUAUUAUUAGUCAGUCAUCGAAUACUCAGGAAACUCAAUAGCACAGGUGACAAAUACGCACAUUUACCUGAUAUAUCAGGAUGGCUUCAGAAUCGGCCAUGCACUAUCGAAAUGACAACUAUACUACUUUUCGGCCUUGGUCUCUUGAUCUGGCUAGAUUAUAUUUACGAAGAUGAAGAAAACAGACCUAUCGUUCUUUUACUGGAUAGUAUUCUAGCGAUUUUGGUAUAUUUGAGACAUGCAAUCGCUGACACAGUAUUCUUGCCUAGUUUUUAUUUCGAUUCUCGAGGACUAAUCGAAAUGUAUUAUUUUUGGGCAUUCACGUUAAUUUAUAUCGUCCACAGUAUUUAUAGAUUAGGCGCGACCAAGCGCCACAAUAAAGAGAAAUAUUUAUGCCUUUCCUUAUUUUUGCUAGUGAAAAAGUGGGUGAUCGUAUCUAGUAUUCUACACCGUCCGUAUAACGUUAUUUUAUUGCCAAUGCAAUUAAUAGUCGGCGCCACGAUUUUUGAAUUGACAAAUGAGCAAGAAUUUUCUAACGCUAAAUUAUUCAUUUAUCUCUGGUGUAGCAACGUAUUCUACUUUUACCAGGGUAACUCUAACAGUUUAGCCACUGUUGACGUAGCGGCUGGUUAUGUAGGCCUUGAAUCUCACCAACCAGUUAUCACCGGAAUCUUUAUAAGCAUUAAUACAUACUCUGCUCAGAUAUUAGGAUUUCUAAUGUACCUUUGGGACUAUGCACUUCAAUAUCCUCGAUCAACAUCUAAGUCAAUGUUAUUAUUAUGUAGACAAUACGCAUUUUGGAGACUAGUACCGAUAACUUUUUACGCGGCUGUAACGAGUUUCCAAAGAUACCACCUAUUUGUGUGGUCUGUUUUCUCUCCAAAAUUGUUAUACGAAGCCAUGCACUGCGCCGUGCUGCUUUCUGUGAUGUUUCUAUUACAAUUCCAUUUUAUACUUUGCGAUAGAGUACGAGCACGAAAAGUUUAAUAAAGAAAAAUAUAGAUUGUUGAACCUCUAAAA